UCAGUCAAGCCGCGGCCGGCUCAUGGCCGCCGCAUGGCCGCGGCGCCCUUAAAGGGACAGGCCCCGGGGGGAGGGGGGCCGCCCGCGCACAAAAUGGCGGCGGCGACGGCGAACGGGCGGCGGCAGCAGCAGCGCGCGGGUGAUCUACACAAAGCUCAUAGGUCUGCGUCAGCCACAGAUGGACUCUCUGCAACUUCGUAUAUGGAUUACCCAACGUACAAGCCGUUCAUCAAUUCAGACUUGCUGCGCUCCCCACGGAAACCAGUAAUUCCAUAUCCUGAGAGUAACAGCAGAGCAAUAUUUUCUGCUCUGAAGAAUCUCCAGGAAAAAAUUCGUCGGCUGGAGUUGGAGCGGCUGCAGGCAGAAGAGAACGUCAAACACCUCAGCAGAGAAACAGCAGACUACAAGAAAGUACUGAGCGAGCAAAUGCAACACAGGGAGCAGGACAGAACUGAGGUGUCAAAGAAAAAUCAAGAGCUGGCUUCUCAGCUGGCAGCUGCUGAGUCUCGGUGCAGCCUCUUAGAGAAACAGCUGGACUACAUGAGAAAAAUGAUCCAGCACGCAGAAAAUGAGAAGACACAUCUCUUGGAGAAACAGGGCUCAUUGGAGAGAGACCGGCUCGAUCAGUCCCAAGUCCAGUCUAAAUUGGAAAAGCUGGAUAUGCUGGAAAAAGAGUACGCCAGGCUUACUACCAUGCAGUCCAUAGCAGAGAAAAAAAUGAAAGAGCUGGAACAGAAGCUUCAGGAGGAAGAACACGCAAGGAAGCUUGUUCAGGAAAAAGCAGCUGAGCUUCAGACAGGCCUGGAAACCAACAGACUGUUGAUUCAAGCAGCAUCACCACUGCUUUCUCCAAAAGCAAGAAAACCCAGGAAGAAAACUAAGCAGCCAGAGAAGAAAUGCUCUCUCACAAGCCAUCUCACUACGCAGCCCCAUUACAGACUGUGUCUGGGCGAUGUACCCUUUGUAGCUGGGAAGUCUACUAGUCCCAGCCAUUCAGUUGGCGCCAACGUGCAACACGUCCUGCACCUGAUGAAGCAGCACACCAAAGCUUUGUGUAACAACCGUGUGGUAAACGACACCCCGCUAGCAAAAUCCAUCAGUACUGGUCAUCCUGCCAGCAAGAGCAGAAAGUCAUCGCUGCCAAAGGACUCUUCCUCAUCCCACGAAGAACUCUCAGAGGUUCUGCUGACUUUACAGGAUGAAUUCGGGCAGAUGAGUUUUGACCACCAGCAGCUGUCAAAGCUGGUCCAGGAAGCUCCAACCGUUGCAGUGAGGGAAGAUCUGGAGAGGGAACUUGAGACACUGGUGGGGAAGAUGGAGGCAAAGGCAGACCAGAUCAGCAAGGUCCGGAGGCAUCGGCUGCAGCUAGAGAGACUGAAGAGAGAAUGCAAGUCCAAAAAGACUCCUGCUAAACAAAUAAAAGAGAGCAGGCGCCCCGUCAGUGAGGUUAAAGUAACAACUACAGUAACCACAAAAGGGAAGGGUGCUGGUCCCAUCAAAGUGAAACCUGGAGAGAAGAGUCGGAAAAAUCUUCAGUUGCUGAGAGACAUGCAGAGCAUACAAACCUCGCUACAGAAAGACGAUAUCAGCUGGGACUACUGACUGGUCUACAGGAGAUGUUCCUGAAACCAUCCCAGUCAAGCUCGCUCACAUUCUGGAUAUAAAGCAGCUGCCUUUCCCGCUGCGUGGAAGAGACUGCUGUAUGCCAAGUGCACUUUGGAAAUAUGGGUCCUUAAUUCCUCCACCUGUGGGUUUGGUUGGAUAUACUGUGGCCUAGUUCAAAGUGUAUUCCAUUUUUAAGGUAUCCAAGCACAGGUCUCCCCCCACCAGUCCCUCUCGUGUUAGGAUUCCAGCAGUCCCUCCCUUUUUUCUUUCAGCACACCAAACAACGCGGUGUUUAUUGUGGGCUGGCUCGUGUGAAAUGCCAGUGUGAUUUCACACUGCUGUUGUUGAACUCCUGUGCGUUGGGAGGCUUCUUGAGACGCGUCUGUUUGAAAAGUGCCAUGUCCCGAAGUCCUGAGGGCUUCUGUCAGUUCUGAGCUGUGUGCAGCUGCAGUUACUCAGACUGAGUGUAAAAGGGAGAACAGGUAAACUCCUUUUUUUAAGUGUUCUUAGUUCUCAAAAAGCUUUCCAAGUUCUGCACAUUCCAUUAGUCAGCAUUAAUGGCAAUGGAUGUUUGUGUACUCAAGAGGAGCAAAGUGACUUUUCCAAAUUAUUUUGCUUAAUGAUUGUGUUUAAGUCUGAAGAGUGAAUUUUCUUCAGAAACUGUGUUUUAUGAAAAGGCUAUAGGAAAUGUGGAUAACAUCCCUUCUUCUAGUCCAUGGCCUUGGGCGGUAAAGGAGUGAGAUAAACCACAAGUGUUUUAAAUUGCAAGUGCCUCAAUUAUGCCAUUCAGUCCUGGCAUCUUGCUUUUAACUUGCAAUAUGGGCUUUAAUGAGCUAUCGAUUUUUGGUAGUGGUGCAACUCGUUUUGCACUGACUUGCACAGCUGAGUGAAUGUUAUUUAUUAUGUUAAUAAUGUAAAGAAUUUCCUAUUAAUGGAAUGUACAGAAGACCCAGAUUAUCUGUUUAUACAGUUGAAAAACAAUAAAGCCAGCUUGCCUGUUGAAUCAAGUGUGGGGAAGCUGCAGUUCCUCUAAACUCGCUGAGUGCUGCAGCGCUGUGCCCCUCCCCGUAUGUUUUCCGUGGUGGUGUGAGCAAGCAAGCUGCAGGUAAGGUGAGGUCAGUUGUCCAUCCUUGUGUAGCUGAUCGAGCAGAGAGGGCUGUAGGGUCAAUGCAAGUCAGACUGAGCCUGCUGAAAGGGAUUUGAGUUUUAAUUUGACUUGAAUUAUCUCUAGGUGAUGUACCCAGGUCAUCUCCUUGCAUCGAAGGCACAGGAGGUUUUAGCUACGAGGAGAGAAGUCAGAAGCUGUCUACCACAUCUGAUGCCAGCUUCCUUAACUUCAUGGACGUGGGCUCUGGGUAGCUGGGGCAACCCCUGGGACAGCAGCUCUUCCUGGAGGGACCUGGAAUCAGUAGCUGAAGUUACACUCACUGAUUUUGCUUGGAAAGGAUGGCUGGAGGAGGGCUAAUGUCAGUAUUACCUCAGGCUGUCUUAAAUGAGCUGGGGCUCAGGAGUAUUUUAGGCUCCAUAGGUAUCUCAGUCACAUAUGCACUGCAUCACAUGCCUACUAGGAGUGUCAGGGAGUAAGCACUGAGUUGUUGAUCCCAAAUUAUCCCACUGAUGUUGGACUUAACGUGAGUUACAUGGAAAAAUGUGAACAUUCCUUUUUCACAGAAGUUACUGUGCUAUUGCACUAUAAGUUGCAGAAAUGGGUUAUUUUUCAUUCCAGAAAUGUUUUUGUACUACUAUGCAGCCAUGUACUGUAUCUGUGCUACCAGUGGUCUGUACAGGGUAAGAGAAACUUGUCCAAAAAGCAGUUGUUUCCCUGCGAUUCUGAAUUUCAGAGUUGGAACAAGAGCAUUUUACAAACCCAACUGUGUGAGUAAGAAUGAAUAAGAUUUGGAUUUGACAUGCUAAGGUCAGUGCUAUUUUCAUUUAUGUGCCUACACAUCCCUUGGUUUUGCUAACCACGUAGCUGAAAAUGAGCCCAAGAAGAACUUAAUCCAUUUAGCUAUUUUUAUUAGUGUUAAGGAAACCAAACAGCCUUCAUUUAAAAAAAGCAACAUAUACACACAGCCAAUUAGCUAAUAGACAAUAAUGCUAUGAGCCAUCUUAGAGUGAUUGUACAUGAGAGCAGAUCCGCCCCUCAACCAUAACGCAAAUUCAAGUCCUUCAGAAGCUAUUUUGUGGGGGUUCUUUGCACUAUUAAGCCAUGAACUCUCAGCCCACCCUGCACAAAUGCAGUAAUGCUACACCAGCUGUUAAUUGUUCUGUCAGAAGGUGGCAGUGGAUUUCCCUCUAACUACUGAGCCACGGAUUGCAGCAGAGCAGGUAGAAAUAGACUGCAGCUGGAACUCAUUCCUUCCUUAGGUGGAAUGUGGCUUUUGAAAGGCAAUUCCUUAUGUGUAAGAAUUCCUUAUGUGUAUGUUGUCCACUCUUCUACCCUCUCAAAAAAUACCAAUCUUGGGAGAAAGGCUAAGAGUAAAAGCAUGCUGAUGAGCAGAUUAAGCAGGAGACCACAGUGUGGGGCCCUAUUGUAUGAGAGCAGCACAAGGACCCAGCCCAAGCCAUGCAUGACUUUCUUCCUUACAGAGGUGAGAAGCAGCCUGCAGUAAAUGAAGAUCCUUGUGCAUAUACCACGGCAGUGUAAGCCCUACCACCUCCAACCCCUUAUUUCUGUGUUUGAAAAGCAACGCAGCAGUUGUGGUUUCACCAAAUGUUUUUCAUUGCUACUCCUACAAUAAAAGUUCCUAUUAAAACUGAAUUUGUAUUUAGGUUUAGUCAGGUGACACUAAUUCUUGAAGUGUGCUAUGAGGAAAUAGACUUCAAAGCUAGGGCUCAGAAACCAGCUAAGCUGUUUAGUCUACCAGAAUAGUGUUAAGUACCAGUUGCAAUGUAGGCAAAAAGGCUUCUUUGGUUGAUAACGGUCGCUUCCAUUAGUUAAAUAGUUCAGUUUCCUGUUACGUAUGCCACUAUGAGCCUGCACAGAAGCACGAACGCCACUAAUUAUGCUUACCCAAGCAAAAUGAAAUCACUGAUCCCAGCAGUUUGUGUGCCCCAGGGUAUCCUACUGCCUCCCUCCUGCUGUGGAUGAGGCACGGGAGAACAAAGAGCUGCAGGAAGCACCGAGGGAUCCAGGCUCUGCUCCAUCCCUCAGAAACAAAGGUGCUUUAAUUUACAUCCUGGCACGAUCCAUGUAAACCAUAAGCAAAAAUCUAAAGUUGCAGAGGUGGAAGUAAACAUAGUCCUAUAAAGUUAUGGAGGUUGCUCCUCUACCACUGUGUUUCCUGGGUAGAAGAUGCCCUUUCUUAAAUAAGGCAUCGGUUACAUGGCUUCCUAGAUCUAGGUCAAAGGAAAAAUAACUGCGAUAUGUUCUGGAUUCUAGCACGACUUCUCUUUUAGUAUGUUGGCAAACAGCCGCACGCUGCUAUGCAUGUGUUAAUACCUCACUUUCGUGACUUAACACAGGUGUAUUUGAGGCUCCCAUACAAAGUCAGAUUCCAUACCUAGCAAAAGGGAGCUUUUUCAAACGCCUGAGUAGACUUUUUUUCCUACAUAGUACUUCAUUCUAGCACACAGUCCUCUUUUUGAAAGUAAAGUGAUUUCCAACACAAGUGA